AUGGAAGCAGAAAGAAAGCUCAGAUACCCCAAAAUUAGUGGGUACCGACUUGUGCGAAAGAUCGCAGGCGGAGGUUUCUCCACUGUCUUUGAGGCUGUCCAUCUGGAGGAGCAGCGCGUGGCAGCAUGCAAAAUGAUCGCUCUCACGAAGGAUACAAGCGAGCGAGAACGCAAGAUCCUAGACAAGGAGAUGCGCGUGCACGCUGCUCUCAAGCAUCGAAACGUGCUCGAGUUUAUCUGCGCCGUUAUGGUCGAACCCGAUCAGAAGACACCCUAUCACCCAGGCUUGUAUAUGCUUCUUGAGCUUGCGGCGGGGGGUGAUCUGUUUGAUAAGAUAGCUCCGGAUAUCGGCAUAGGAGAAGAUGUGUCCCAGUACUAUUUCUCACAGUUGAUAGCUGGCCUCACAUACAUUCACGGUGAAGGAGUCUGCCAUAGAGAUCUCAAGCCGGAGAACCUAUUGCUCGAUGCAGCAGGGACUCUGAAGAUUAGCGAUUUUGGACUUUGUGCUGUCUACAAGCUCAAGGAUAAGGGGAAGACUCGACCUUUGUCUGAGCGGUGCGGCAGUCUCCCUUAUGUUGCUCCUGAGCUGAAUCUCAAUGGUCCCUAUGCGGCUGAGCCUAUUGAUGUCUGGGGAUGCGGAGUCAUCCUCUAUACCAUGCUCUCCGGAAAUACGCCAUGGGACGAACCGACCAAGCGUAGUUAUGAAUACGCACACUACAUUUCCGGCAAAUGUUUCAAUGAAAAGCCAUGGAACGAGUUUAGCGAGGACGUCCUUUCGCUCAUCACUGGCAUGCUCGCCGUUGAACCAUCACAAAGAAUGUCUCUCACCGAGAUCAGUGCGCGUCCGUGGAUGACCCGGCCGAGUCAAAUCGGAAAGCAUGGUCUAGCCGCGCUGGCGGAGGACCUGACAAAGGCUCUGCGGAAAACGGGAGAUCUCGAGAUUGCAACGCCGAAUGUUGCAAGCAUACUCUCGGCGGACGGAGAGGGCGAUGUCUCAAUGACAAUGGAGCCUAUAAUGCACAACUCGCAUUUUACGCAGUCAUUGAUGCUAUUCUCUCAAACCCAAUCCGGCCAAAGAUACACACCACACCUCACCCGUUUCUACGCGCAGAUUGGCCCCAAACUUCUCCUUCCACUCAUGCAAGAAGUCUUCACUGGCCUUAAAAUCAAGUGGAAACCUGCCGUAGAGGUGGAUCUCGAGUCCAAAGAGGACGAUUCUGAGGGUAGCGAAGAGAAGAAGCUGCAGAUGCUGAUAGGUGGAUUCGACAAGCGCAACCUGAUGUUCAAGGGUUGGGUCGAGAUCGAACCCUUCCACUACCGCGACCUCGAUGGUAGUUUCUGCGUCAUGCGAAGGGACUCUGGCAAUCCAAUCUCAUGGAGGCAGCUGUGGAAGUCCAUCAUUCGGUCCGAGACGAUAGAACCUCACGUCUUCCGCAAGCGGCAGGAAUCAGAAGUACAUGUUUGA